GGUCAUGCUUUGUUAAUGUCACCGUUUAAACUUUAUAAUUUCCGGUGAAGAAGAAAAGAAGAAGCACAACUGCGUCUUUUUCGGCGAUCAUAACACCGCAGACCACAUUUCUCUGCUCAAAUUUACCCAACCCAGCUUUCCUUUCGAGUUAUCAACAGUCAUUCUUGGGCUAGGUGACGUGGCUGCUGGAAAAGAAGUAUAUCUGCAAUGGAUGAAAAUGGUGGGAUAGUGGACCUGAAUAACAGCAAAGAUGCAGGGGAAGAGACGCACCAUUCUGAUUCUAUGCAAUUGGUUACGUAUCCAAGGACUUGCAGUUCUGCCCAGCCGUUUGCUUUGCCCCUUGUGCCUGUUCCAAAGGUGGAAGAAUGGUGUUCGAAUACGUCUGUUGUCUUGACUGGUACAGCUUGUAAAGGGGGGACUGGACCACCUAUUGGCAUCACAGACAUUGGUGAGAGCAAAUCUGCAUAUUACUUUUGUAUUGCUCUACCUGGCGUCAAGAAAGAUCCUGGUGAAUUCAGCUGUGAUGUUCAAAGGGACGGAAAGGUCUGUGUUCGAGGUGUGACUUCGACUGGUGGUAAGAUCGUCCAAAAAUAUUCCCGAGUAUACGAAAUGAAAUUCCAGCAACAAUCACCCCCUGGACCCUUCACGCUCUUCUUCAAUCUGCCAGGGCCCGUCGACCCUAGGUUGUUCUCUCCCCAUUUCAGAUCCGAUGGCAUCUUCGAAGCCGUUGUUGCAAAGUACUGAGUAGAGUAGAUUUCGUAUAUCUUAAUGUAAUGUAUCGACUGUUCAUCGACAUAAUCUAGGAUGCUUGCUUCUAUGUUGGAAUGUUAAUGAACAUGUGUUUCUUUAGACAAAUGAGUUUUUCCAGUA